UUAUUUAUUCCCAAAGCCCCUCUCUAUUAUAUACUAGUAUGAACUAAUCAAUGAAAUUAUUAUCAACACUAUUCUUUAUCUUAAUUACCCAAAUUAAUUCUCUCUCUCCUCUCAUCUUUCUAUCAUUCCACUUGUUCUAUUUUGUCUUUACUUAAAAAAAAAUUCCCUCUCUCGCUGGCAAAAACUCACCGGCGGCGGUUGUUGUAUUAAUAUUGAAUCACAGAGGCGGUGGUGGCGGCUUUGAUGGCGGCCUAAGCAUUCAUGUGAUUCACGAGAGUGAGUGAGGACGGUGUGGGACAUCCUUGGGGAGAGAAUGGACGGCGUGGAUCGCGCGGCGAGGAGGCCCAGUUUGAAGGAACGGCUCGGAUUGAAGGGGCUGGGCUGCUGUGGGCCGAGUUGGGGCCUUGGGCCCACUUCCAUGAGCGUGAUUGGUGAUGAUGACGUGGAUGGUGAGGGUGUAGGUGGACGUGAAUUAUCACCUGAUCCGGUGCCGGUUUUGGCGCCGUGCGUGCCGCAGUCGCCGGGGAUGAACCUGGCGGCGGCGCUGGCGGCGGAGAGGCAGAUCAGGGCGGCGCUGGAUUUGGCGGGAACGCCAUCGAGGGUGUCGUUGAUGACGCUGCUGGAGGAAACGGACGGCUGCGAUGGGGAGGUGAGGAGGAGGGAGGAGGGGGAGGGGGAUUCGGUGUGCUGCGUGUGCAUGGGAAGGAGGAAGGGAGCGGCGUUCAUUCCAUGUGGGCAUACUUUUUGUAGGGUGUGUUCCAGGGAGCUGUGGUUGAACCGAGGCUCCUGUCCCCUCUGCAACCGCUUCAUUCACGAGAUUCUCGACAUUUACUGAUUCAUAGGUCGGGGGUUCGACUCAUUAUUCAUGUAAAAAUACAUUCAUCAGCGAUAUAUUUGAUGUCAUCGUCUACUCA